CAUCUGCCUUGUGGAAGCAAUCACAAAUCUGAAGAAGCGCUUUGUAAUCCAGGUUGUAAUCGUUUGGAAACCCUGUGCAGAAUGUCCUGGAGAUGGCUGUACUUGGAGAAAAUGCUCCCCAUGAAACUUACUCAUUUACUUAGUCAGUCAGACAAAGAGCGGUGAAAUGUCAAAAUAGUGCAGUUUUAAAAUGACAAUAUUAAACGUUCAUGGAUUAUAAAAUGAGACAUACAAACAGAGAAAAGGCUAAACAAAUUCAUUCAUUAAAAUGUUCAUGGAUUAUGAAAUGAGAGAUGCAAAGAGAGAAAAGGCUAAAUAAACUAUCUGUCUAGCCAGUUCCUUGAUUUAGCCUUACCCUGCAGAGAUAGAACAGUUUAAACACAAGUUAAAAUAAUGUGCUAACACAGGCAAACCCACUGCCAAUGAUACCUACAUAAAACCUACUGGUUUUACUAAUGGAGCCAUGCACAAGUUCUAAAAAUUGCACAUUGCUGGAAUACUCCAUAGAACCAAUACACAGAAGCAUUAUAGAAGUAUUAUAAUUAUCUAAAGACAGUGAUGCAUCUUCAGAAGCAAUUGCUAUAAUAGUCCAAACCAAACUAUGCUCUCGCCGAAUUUCUGGAGCUCGGUACACACUUGAGAAGUAAAUGAUUGUCAGUUUUUGCUUAUUUCAAUCGACGUGAAAAGGGUGCAUGUACAUACAUAGUCAUAUUGUAUGAUAUCUCUCCAGCCCAUAAUUAUGUAUUCAUCGUGUUAGUCCUUAUAAUUAUGACGUAUGUUUGUGGGAGUCUGGUUAGCUUGGAUAUCUGUGCGUUUCCUUGCAUGGUAGCUCACAAUUUCAUUGUGUGUGUAUUCAUUGUCAUGCACCUCUGGACUUAAAUAGUCCCUUUUAAUGAUGAUAAUUCUGUCCCAAAUAAGCCUUAUGUGAGAAUAGGGUUUUAGUUGGCAGCUAUAUAUAGUUGCACUGUGUAGUUUUGUUGGGUCUAUACAGUAAGUGCUGUAGUGUAGAGUUGGUUAAAGCUAACUGAUUGACUGUGUACUAAGAAUACCUAUACACUGAAGGAGUGUUUUGAUUGUAUUAUUCGAUCGAUUUAUGAUGGUCUCCUUAUCCAUUUGGAUUCUGGGUACCAUCCUACUGACUUGUAGGGCGCAGGAAUACUAUGUCACUACCAACUCAUCUGCUUGCCCCCCUGAUGCGAUUAAUUGUCACACUCUGGACUACUAUGCUAUUAAUGGAAGCACACGUUGGUUAGGAAAAGAGAAUGUCUCUCUUAUCUUCCUGGAGGGAAAUCACACUACACUGAAUGGCUAUUUUUGGAUAUCGGGUGUCAAUUUCUUAACUAUCACAAGCAGUGGUGAUAGAGACAGUGUGUAUAUUUUCGAUACGUUCCCUUUUCUGGCAUUGGCGUAUAAAAGUCUCGUAAUUAAGAAUUUGAAUUUUGAUAAUUGCUACUUGUAUAGCUAUUUACAACACACCAAUAAACCUUCUACUAAUGUCACCGAUGUGAUGCGUAUAAGAGAUUUAAAUCUCAGAAAUUCUCUGGUAUAUAUUUACACUGCUGAAUGGGGUAACAUAAGGGAUAUACUGGUUGAACUAAAAGAGCUGACAACAGAUAAUAGUUUCCAGCUAUUUUAUUUUGACUUCUAUGCUUUUCACACGGUGCUGACUAUUUCAAACUGUGUCUUCCAGCAACCUGUUAGUGUAAUCAUAUUUCGUAAUAGCAUUCAAGUAAAUGUGACAGUCACAGAUAGUAUAUUUAGAAGGAUCAACCGCCAAUCUGCUCUACAAUUUUCACUUUCUAACACUGUAACAGGGGCAGUAACCAAAGACUUUGAAUGCUCGCUUAUACUCGAGAAUGUAUCUUUCAUUGAAAAUAGUGUCACUAGCUUGGAAAUACAACAGCCAAUGGAUGUAAUAAUUAAUGGAUCUCAGUUCAUCAACAAUUCUGGUUUGCUAGGAGGUGCGAUAAACGUGUCAGAUUCGAGAUUAUUCUUUGUUGGGGAUAACCUAUUCCUUAACAACUUUGGUAGCAAUGGCGGAGCUAUUCAUUUAUUAAACUCAGUGAUUUUGCUUCAAACUAAUUCCAGUAUUAUCUUCCAAGAAAAUAGGGCCUCUGAAAUCGGGGGUGCUAUUUCUAUCGAACCUGGUACAAAUCAAGGCAAUUGUUUUUACAGCCUAACCUUUGAUGUCGACAAGGAGAGCACUUCUAUUCCUGUGUCUAUUGUGUUUGACAACAAUACUGCUUUAACUGGUAGUGACAUUUAUGGUGCUGGCUUACAGAACGAUUGUAAAGUUACUCCGAAUGGUAACAUUAACAGCUGUGAUAUCCAAAACUCCGUUUUCACAUUCCUAACCCGAACCGCAUCUUCCGUUUCUACCAGUCCUAAGAGAGUGUGUCUUUGCAAGAAUGGUGUGCCUCAAUGUGCAAACAUCGAUUACAUCUUUUACAACAUGUCCGCAGCUCCCGGAGAAAAGUUCAACCUCAACGUGGUACUUGUGGGAGAGGAUUUUGGAAGCAUAGCAGGAAGUGUGUAUGCUUCCAGUAUCAAACAGAGUAGAUAUAAUUCUAAAUCUGACUAUAUUUUUGGUUCCAGUCAAAGCCCUGGACUGUCUGGAGCCACAAAUUCUAAAAAUUGCACAUUACUGGAAUACUCCAUAGAAUUAGAACCAAUAAACAGAAAUAUUGGGAGUGUUAGUUUUAUUUUAUCUAAAGACAGUGUUGCAGCUUCAAAAAACCAAGACGCAAUUGCUACUCCGAACCGUACUCUAGAAUUAGAAAGUAGUAUCUUGCAGCAUCACAAUUCCGGAUGCAUAUUUGACAAUCUCCUUGAUGUAUCUGUAGUCAUCAAUGUGACCAUUCUUCCUUGCCCUCGUGGGUUCUACUUGACUAUGUCUGAAACUGAAAAAAAAUUUUAUGUCUGUAAAUGUGAUCCGCAACUGAUUCAGAAGUACUACGUUGAAUACUGUAAUGUAGAAAAUAAAACUGGUUUCCUUCACCCCUCUAAGAAUGUCUGGAUAGGGCCUAACAAUGAAAAUGACUAUGCCGAUUCAAUCCUCGUUCACAGCUUCUGCCCAUUUGACUACUGCAAUUCAAACUCAGUUGGUGUUGACCUGACCAAUCCGGACAGCCAGUGUGCUCUCAGUCACAGUGGUGUUCUCUGUGGAGGCUGUCCACCAGGUCUCAGUCUGGCUAUUGGAAGCUCUAGAUGUAAGGAUUGUACCGACCAAAAUGGUGACAUCGCUUUUCUAGGUGCAUUUAUUGUAGCUGGUGUUGUCCUUGUGUUUUUCAUAAAGGUGUUUGAUUUGACUGUUGCCCAUGGAACAAUCAAUGGACUUAUCUUCUACGCCAAUGUUGUCUGGAUAAAUCAAGGUGUCUUUUUUUCCAACGUUGGUGAUCACGAUGAAAACAUGUUUUUUGGCCUAAUGAAAGGAUUCAUUGCGUGGCUAAAUCUCGACUUUGGUAUUGAAACUUGCUUCUUUGAUGGGCUGGAUGGUUAUUGGAAAACUUGGUUGCAGUUUGCUUUCCCCUUAUAUCUCUGGUUCUUGGCUGGUCUAAUUGUUCUUUUGUGUCACUAUUCAAUCAGAGCCACCAAGCUGUUUGGAAAUAACGCUGCAGGUGUUCUCUGUACUGUGAUCCUACUCUCGUAUAUGAAGCUUUUACGGACUAUUGUAUCAGCACUUAGUCCUGCAGUUCUUCAUCAGUUUAAUCCUCCCGAUAAAAAAUGGGUGUGGUUGAUGGACGGCAAUGUAGAUUAUCUUGAACCUAAGCAUUCUAUUCUAUUCGGAGUAGCCUUGCUGAUGUUGCUAUUCUUGUGGCUACCGUAUACGUUUGCACUUUUGUUUGUGCGCUGCCUGUACAGAUUCCCCUGUGCUACACGCUUUAUGCCAAACUUGAAACCAUUCAUUGAUUUUUACACUGGUCCACUGAAAGUCAAGCAUCAUUACUGGGUGGGCUUGACUCUACUAGGUCGGGUUGUCCUAGCUAUCACUGCUAUUGUUUUCCAAACUGUUAGCCCCUCCCUAAGUAUCAGUGUUCUCUGUAUUAUGUCGUCUAUCUUCUGUGCAUUUGUAGUCAAUGUGUAUAAAAAUACACUGGUUGCGUUUCUGGAGCUACUAUUUCUGUUCAACAUAAUUUCCCUCGGUAUUGCAUUUCUAUCAUUUGUGGAGGAUGAAUCAAGAGUAAGAAGUUCUUGCAUUUCAAGUUUUGUUUGUCUCCUCUUGUUUAUUGCGAUCGUCUGUUAUCAUGUUUAUCUGACAUUGAGGAAGUGUUUUCGUCCAAAUCAAAGAAAUGGAUAUCGUGAUAUUGACGCUGCUGAUUUGGGCUAUGAUGAUAGGGACGACCAAAUUAAAGUAGCCGCGACAAGCACUAUUGUUGGGUUACGAGAGGAACUGUUGUCGAGUACUGAAUUAUAGCUAGUUUAUGGGUGCAGAUAAUGUUUUAUGACGUGUGUUUGAAAAUUUGUAUGCUAUAUAUGUACAUAAUUAUAGACUAUUUUUUUAUUUUAUGUGUGUGUGUACGAUGCUAUACACAAUGUCAUGAUUGCUUAAUUGUUUCUUCACGUAUAUUUUUAUAUAAUUAUAUCUAGUGUGCAUGUAUGUACAAUUACAAAGUAUACAAUGAAUUUUGUUUUUGUCUUUAUUAUGUAUCGUGAAUGGUCUUCAAGAUAAAGUGUGUGCAUGUGCUGUUAUAGCUAUAAUAUGCGUGCAUGUGUAUAACAUAUCCCCUAUAGAGUUGUGUUUAUACUCUGGAGUCAUUGUUUUAUUCUAAAAGAUUCCCCUCCAAAAUUAGUCAUGAGAGAAGAGUCCAGAUACAACCAGUUCAUUGUAGUUAUUGUUCUUGACCUACUUGCAUGAUUGAUCAGGGUGUCAUACAGGAUUUUGAAGUAGAAGGGGGAAAUAAGGCAUGCAUGCUUUUGAAAAUUAACCAGAACAUUUUGCUAAAAAAAGAGGUCAACUGCUAUUUCAAUACCCUGUUAGUACAUGCUGUAUGACCCAGCUACAUAUACAUGUAUAUGGACACUCAACUGCCAAGGUUACUAAUUGCACGAGGCGUAGCCGAGUGCUAUUAACCUUGCCAGUGCUUGUUAUGAGUGCAACACAUUCAAAACAGGAGAUCAUAAAUAUUUAUUGUUUUCCUUAGCAAGGCGAUUAUUCUCAAAACCCACUUCUCCUUUGCAUGGCUAUCUUCUUGCCAUGUGAGUUCUCCAACACUCAUACAUGCAGGUGUGCAGCUUAAGUAUGAUGUCAUUGCUAUUGUAGACAUUGUCCUCUGACUAUGGACAUUCCCGACACAAUGCUCUAUAAUAAUUAUUAUAGCCAGGCAGUGUGCACAUUGUUUUUCAGCUCUGUAAUAAUAAUUAUAGUUGCAAUGCAUGUGUUCUUUUGUUGUGUCUGCUAAAAAUAAUGGUUAUAAGAAUUGUUGCCAGUAAUGUGGUAUACAGUGUAUAGGAGCACAUGUGCUACUGAGUGUAUAAAGUGGUUAUUAAUAACGUUAUUUGUGGGGAUCAAUCAAAAGCAAUAAUUAAGUUCUUGCGUUUUAAUCUCCUCUUGUUUAUUGUGAUCCUUGCUACCAUGUAUAUCUGACAUUGAGGAAAAUUAUAAAUCAGUGAGAAAUGGAUACCAGGAUAAAUAUUGGCGCUGCUGCAUGAUUUUGACUAUUAGUGAGAGGAACGAUCCAAUUAGAGUAGCCACGACAAGGAACUGUUGUCAAGUACUGGGUUGUAGCUGGUGUUUCUUGCAGAGUAUAGAGCCAGUUCUUGAGACCCUCGAGACUGAAGGAGAGUGAGACCCUCAGCUGCAGUACGCACACGGCCAGUAGAAGAUUACGAUCAUCAAGACAUCAUAAUCAUGUGGAAGAAAGGGUUCACAUCAGAUAUGCCAAACUGAGACAGAACAGCAUUUUUUACAGACGAUUAUAGCAUAUAAGAGUUUGUGUGUGAAAUUAACUAUUUUCUGACUUUAUACUGUAUAUUUUUUAGUGUUAAGUUAUUUAUGACUAUCAUAGUGAUUGAUAUCAACGAGAAUCCAUACCGUAAUCCAUACCAGCUAUGCCAGGGAAGGCACAACAUCAUGUAUACUGGCCGGAGGUGUUCCCGAAAGGGGUGCAAAGCAGAAAAAUUCAACAGGAAAUGCACGAACUAUAUGCACUUGAACAACAAAAUACUAAAAGCUACCAUGUGUACAUGCCCAGCUGUAUAACCCCCCCCCCUUUGUAUAUAACUGUGACAGGUGUGUAUCUUAGCUCCUAUAUACGAGCUACAAGACCUCCUGGGCAGACAAAGCCAUUGUGAACUUUAAAAUCUGCAUGCAGAUUCUCUCCUUUUAAUCACUAUAAUUAUAUAUAGGGGUAUACAUUAAACGCAACAAUUUAUCGCUCAGUAGUUGUAAUAGCAUUAACAAAUUUACAAAUUAACAAAUCAAUGACAUGUGGUAUUAAAGUUGUCCGCAUCGCCCACGUUCAUCAGCUCCUCUCUGCUCACUAUCACACGCAGGCACAGCUCCACUAGACUAGCCAGACCCGUACAGGGAAAUAGGUGUAUAGUGAUACAUUAACAGUUAUCAUUGUGUUGGAAAAACUCCAUUAGAAUACUGAGUAUAUUCAUGACAUUUGUACAUCAUAAUAAAUCAUUGUUGCACAGGGUAUACUUGGGGCUGCUGAGUAACAUGUAUAAUACUCAUCAGUAGAAUCAGAGGCUUUGUGUUUGAUUGUUAUACGGUCCUUUUGAAGUAAAUAGUCUAUACGAGAAAUAAUUCAAUAAUAAUCAUACACAUGACAAUGAUCAA